AUGCCAUCACCACGAAUCCCAACUGAGCAAUGGGCACAGGUUGUCGAGAAGACCGGAGGACCUGUCGUCUACAAGAAGAUCCCAGUUCAAAAGCCCGGCCCAGAUGAAGUUCUCAUAAACAUCAAGUACUCCGGUGUCUGCCACACCGAUCUCCACGCCGUCAACGGUGACUGGCCAUUGGCAACGAAGCUCCCAUUGGUCGGUGGACACGAGGGUGCUGGUGUUGUUGUAGCCCGAGGUGAACUCGUGAAGGACGUUGAGAUUGGUGAUUAUGGUGGAGUUAAGUGGAUCAACGGCUCCUGCCUCAACUGCUCUUUCUGCCAACAAUCAGACGAGCCGCUCUGCGCCCAAGCCCUCCUUUCCGGCUAUACUGUCGACGGGACAUUCCAACAAUACUGCAUUGCCAAGGCCGCACAUAUGGCACGUAUCCCCAAGGACUGCGACCUUGAGGCCAUUGCACCAGUCCUGUGCGCCGGUAUCACCGUCUACAAGGGAUUGAAGGAGUCGGGAGUCCGCCCAGGCCAGACCGUCGCAAUCGUUGGUGCUGGUGGUGGACUCGGAUCAUUGGCUUGCCAAUAUGCCAAGGCCAUGGGUCUCGAUAUCAUUGCCAUCGAUGGCGGUGCUGAGAAGAAGGAGAUGACUGCCAAGCUGGGUGCUGGUCACUACGUGGACUUCCAGACAAGCAAGAACCUUGUUUCGGAUGUCAAGGCUGCCACUUCUGAUGGUCUUGGACCUCACGCCGUUAUCUUGGUCGCGGUCAACGAGAAGCCAUUCCAACAGGCUGCUGAGUACGUCCGACCACGUGGUACAGUCGUUGCCAUCGGUCUCCCCGCCGGUGCCUACCUCCGUGCCCCAGUCUUUGAGUCCGUCAUCAAGAUGAUCACAAUCAAGGGUUCAUACGUCGGUAACAGACGUGACUCUGCUGAGGCCAUCGAAUUCUUCCGCCGCGGCCUGAUCAAGGCUCCAUACAAGUCUUGCGGUUUGAGCGAACUGAACAAGGUGUACGAGUUGAUGCACGAAGGCAAGAUCGCCGGAAGAUACGUCGUUGAUACGUCAAAGUAA